AUGGACCCUGGGAAUGGUUUUCUUGCUGCUAAGCUAACUGAUGAUCUGGUGGUGGAGAUCCUCUCCUGGCUGCCUUUCAAGUCUUUUUGCCGCUUCAAAUGUGUUUGCAAGGCCUGGCUUGCCUUAUCCUCUGAUCCGCAAUACUGCAAGAAGCUUCCGAAAAUUCCAACAGGUCUUCUCUACCAACGACGUUAUCACUCUGCUAUUAAGCUCGCUAGCCUGCCCCACAAUGAUAAGGAUUUUGAUGAAGCUCUUAGUUUCCUACCACAGUAUGAGCAAUUAGAGCUGAUGGACUCUUGCAAUGGCCUAGUCCUUUGUAAGUACAAGAACAGCUAUACUCCUCAAGGUAUUUGCCGCUUUAUCGUGUGCAAUCCGGCAACACGAGAGUGGAAGAUACUCCCUGACACUCCUCUUAGCCAUUAUGACCCUUUUUACAAUAUGAGUAUUCUGGCCUUCAGCACAUCAUGGUCGGCAAACUUCUACGUCUUCAACUUUCAGCGGCUGAGUACCCUCCGUUUGGGAUUUGGCCCUGUCAAACUUCAGGUGUUCUCGUUUGAUCUUUCCUCUUGGUUUCUGGAUGAUGCAUCAUGGCUCUCUGAGACAAUGGUUUCUCAACCACACCUGUUUAUUGAUGGAGCACUGUAUGUGCGGACAGAUUUGCAUGAGAUUAUGGUACUGAAGAGCUUGGAGGAAACUAGUUCUGGCAUUCUACCCUCUCUUCGGACUAUUGAGUUGCCGCAUGAAGAUGUUGGUUUUAUUGCUAGGUUUGGCCAAUGUUGCUUCGGCCAAUCUUCGGGGGCCUUGCAUUACGCAUUGCCAGAGGAGGAUGCUCGUACAAUUCUUGUUUGGAGUCUUGAUGUUGAUGAGCCUUAUGAGUGGAGCCUCAAGUACCGCCUCAGUAUGAGCCAUGCAUUCGGAAGGGACAACCUUUGUCAGUAUGACUCACAUUCCUGGAAAUGUGACUAUGAGGUCAUCGCUCUUGACCUGGAGAACGAUGGUCUUGUCCUAUUUGAUGAACGGGCAGAUAAGCUUCGUUUGUACAAUAUAAGAACCGGUGAACUUAACGUGAUUCAACCAGAUAACCACCGCUGCUGCAGUUUGGAAGACGAAUACUACCAUUAUGUGGCAUCCUACUCAAAGCUCCCUGCUUUAACCAUGUAG